AUAAACUGAAAAAUCUCUCAUCAUUGUGUGAACCAUAAGGCACCGCGUAGAAUUUGGCGUUAAAGUGGAAAAGAAAAAGCGCCUCGUAGAAUUUAGGGUGUAGAACCACAAGUCAACUUACCAAUACUGGAGAGGAGACUAUUCUUGUGCUGGUGAGCGGCCUUGGGUUGGCUGGGGUGGGGUUUGGGAUUAGCCAAUUAGGAGUUAGGAAUGGAAUUGGACGUGGGCAAUUAUCUCUGCCCCAAAAAAGCAAGUAUAAUUAUCUCUGCCGACAAGUGUACGUAAGAAACAUGGAGAUUUGCAAACUGAUUAAAGAAAAAAAGAAAAUCAAUAUCGCCAAACAACCUUCAAUUUGCCUAAAGAAAUUGAAGGCAAUGGAUAACUGGUCGAGCUUAGGGAAGCUGUUAAUUAUGGUGCUGGUGUUACUGUCCUACCACUAUGCUCAUCGCAAUUCCGGUCUUGUCUUUGAUGUCCUCAUCUUCCUCCUCUGCUCCCUCGGCUUCGUCUUUCGCCAAAUGAAUAUCUCUGUCCCCGAUAAAACCUCCUCCUCCUCCUCCUCCUCACCCUCAUCCUCAUCGUCCUCCUCACCCUCAUCCUCAUCCUCCUCGUCCUCCUCGUCCUCCUCCACCUCCUCCACCUCCUCACCCUCAAUCUCAUCUUCAUCGUCCACCUCUGCCUCCCCGUCCCUGUCCUCCUUCUCAAAAGGCUUGCUCUACGAAGUGUUCAUAAGCUUCAGAGGCGAAGACACACGUAAAAACUUCACGGGCCACCUCCACGAAGCAUUGACAAAGGCCGGAAUCAACGCCUUUAUUGACGACGAACUAAGAAGAGGAGAAGAUAUAACUACCGAACUUGUGCAGGCAAUCCAGGGUUCUAGGAUCUCUAUCAUCGUCUUCUCAAGACGGUACUCAGACUCCAGCUGGUGUCUCGAGGAGCUGGUUAAGGUCAUGGAGUGUAGAAGAACGCUAGGGCAAUUAGUUUUGCCGAUAUUCUAUGACGUUGAUCCUUCGCAUGUCAGGAAACAGACCGGUAGAUUUGCACAAUCGUUUCUGAAACAUACAGAUGAAAAAAAGGUAGAGAGGUGGAGAGCUGCUCUUACUGAAGCUUCGAAUUUGUCUGGCUGGGAUCUCAGAAACACUUUGGACGGGCAUGAAGCAAAGUUUAUCAGGAUGAUUACCAAUGACGUCACUACGAAGUUGAACAACAAAUACUUUGACGUAGCGCCCUAUCAAGUCGGAAUAGAUACUCGAGUGCUAGAUAUCAGUAAUUAUUUAGGCAUCGGAGAUUCAGAUGAUGUUCGUGUGAUUGGAAUUUCAGGCAUGGGUGGAAUAGGUAAAACAACGAUUGCUCAAGCCAUUUAUAACAUAUUUUAUGAAAGGUUUGAAGGUAAAAGUUUCCUUGAAAAAGUGAGGGAAAAGAAACUAGAAAAAUUGCAAAAACAACUUCUUUUCGAUAUCUUGCAAACCAAGACAAAGGUAAGCAGUGUUGUUGCAGGGACCGCCUUGGUAAGGGAAAGAUUUCGACGCUUAAAGGUACUUGUCAUAGUUGAUGAUGUAGACGAUGUGAAGCAGUUACGCGAAUUAGUUGGAAAUUGCCACUUUUUUGGCCCGGGGAGCAGAAUCAUCAUCACAACUAGAAACGAACGUGUGCUAAAAGAAUUUGCAGUUGAUAAGAUAUAUCGGGCGAAAGUAAUGGACCGAGAAGAAGCUCUUGAGCUCCUAAGUUGGCAUGCUUUCAGAAGUAGUAGUUGUCCUAGUCAAUAUCUUGCGCUUGAAAGAGAAGUUGUCAAUUACUGUGGAGGAUUGCCGCUGGCUCUUGAAGUUUUAGGAUCUACUCUUUUCAAACGAAGCGUAGAUGAAUGGAGAAGUAUAUUGGAUGAAUUGAAAAUGAUUCCUCGUGGAGAAAUUCAGGCACAACUGAAAAUAAGCUACGACGGGCUAAAUGAUAAUUACAAGAGGCGGAUAUUCCUCGAUAUAGCUUGUUUUUUUAUCGGAAUGGACAAGAACGAUGUCGUGCAAAUCUUGGAUGGUUGUGGCUUUUAUUCAACAACAGGAAUCGAGGUCCUCCUUAACCGGUGCCUAGUGACUAUUAAUAGAGAAAACAAGAUUAUGAUGCAUGAUUUGCUUCGAGAUAUGGGCAGAGAUAUCGUGCAUGCAGAAAAUCCCGAUUUUCCUGGAGAACGGAGUAGAUUGUGGCAUCCCGAAGAUGUAAAUGAUGUAUUGAUAGACAAAUCUGUAAGUACUUUCCCAAUCAAACUUUAUGUUAAACGUGUAAGCAUAUGUAAGUUAGUAAUCUAACUUUUUUUCAUGAU